AUUUUUUACUCUUCUUCGUUCUCUCUCUCUCUCUCUGCUCCCGAUGUAUGGUGGAAUAGCCAUGGCGGCGAAGAUCGCACGGAUCCCUGGCCUGAGGCUUCAAGCGGUCCGAGCCUUCGCGGUGCAGGCUGCCCCCAAGGCAUCACAGGGCAAGCUUGAGUUCCUGCCCAAGCAAGAUGUUGAGACGUCCACACUGCCCAACGGCCUGACGGUGACCACCCUUGAGAACUACUCGCCCAUCACGCGGCUCGCCAUUGUGGUCAAGGCUGGUGCCCGAUACGAAGACGGCAGUAACCUUGGCAUCACCCAUACCCUUCGCAAUGCGGCCACACUGGCCACCAAGAGCCACUCCAAGUUCGCCAUCACCAAGAAUCUUGAAUACCUUGGUGCGAACCUGACGGCUUGUUCCACAAGGGAGCACCUCAUCUACCUGCUGGUGUGCAACCGUGAUGAUGUCCACCUGGCGCUCAAGUUUGCCGAGGAGGUGGCCUUUCAUCCGGCCUUCAAGCACUGGGAAGUGAAUGACAUUGCGCCCCACCUUCACAAGGAGCUGGCCCUCUUCCGGGAGAACCGGGAGGCAGUGCUCAUGGAGGCGCUGCAUGCGGCUGCCUUCCGCGGCGGGCUUGCCAACUCCCUGUACAUCAAAGACUUCCUGGUUGGACACCACUGCCAUGAAAAGCUGGCCCAGUUUGUGAAGAAGCAUGUGAGUGCGCCCCGUGCCGUGGUCUCUGUGGUCGGUGCCGAUUGCAAACGGGUGACAGAUGCCCUCAAGGGUCUCGAGCUGUCUACCAAUCCUGGGGCCGAGUUCCUGCCCUGCAAGUUUGGCUCAGGUGAAUCCCGCGUGGAGUCGCCGGGCGAGUUUGUGGACGCGGCAGUGGUGGCGGAAGGCGCGGGUUGGCGCAACCCCAAGGAGUGUGUCGCCCUGGGCGUCUUUGCGCACCUUCUGGGUUUGGGUCCCCGGCUGCCGUACAGCGAGAGCCAGGCCACCAAGCUGGGCGAGGCAGCGGCCAAGGCCACCCAGAAGCCGUUCGCCGCAACAGCACUGAAUGUCAACUACACAGACACGGGACUAUUUGGUGUUGCCCUGGCCGGCCACCCGGAUGACAUGGACAAGCUCAUCAAGGCAGUGACAAGUCAGGUGCGGACUGUCGCUCAGAAAGUCGCUGACAAGGAUGUCCAAGAUGCCAAGCAGAAGAUGAAGGCAGCAGUGCAGUACAACCGGGAGUGCCACUCGCAUGUGGCAGUUGAGAUGGGCGUGCACGUGUCUCGCAUCGGGCAGCCCUGGCGCCACGACGAGCUCCUGCAGGCCAUCGAUGCCGUCACCACCCAGGACGUUGCCACGGUGGCAGCCCGGGUGUCAAAGGGCAAGCCAGCAAUGGCUGCUGUGGGACGCCUACACAACACUCCGCAUGUCGACGAGCUCGUCUAGGGGGCUACCAUAGUUGUGAUUGUAAGCAUAGUGGUUGCUGCUGCUGCUGCCUGGACACCUUUGGUGGUUGCACAGCUAGGAAGUGCUGUUAAUAAAUCAUUUUUUGGUCGACAA